GCGACUUAUCCGACUGUGACGUCGAGUUGCGAAGAAACGUUAUCUCGCUUAUCGGCCGAGCUUCUACGCUUCCAUGAACGCAACAUCCGCCGUUUCGCGCGAUCUUUAAAAAUUAUAUAUUGUAAAUGCCACCGAACGGAAAGAUUUCAAAGAAGAUACAUAAGAAUAAUAAUAAUGAGAUUAUUAUUGUGACAGCAGCGUGUCGUUAUUUCCGAUAAGAUUUUCUUAUUGACAGCGCAACGACAUUUCGAAUUUACGACACGAAACAAAAGUGAAGAAUUAUUAUUAUAAUUUAUUUUACAAAUAAAAAUCUCGCACAUUAUCUCAUCGUCAACGCGUAUCCACUGUUUCGUUCUCACAAUAUCGGCAUGGAAAGUAGCAAAGUCUGCUAUUCCAAAACCUUUUCAUUACGUGUACAAAGACCACGAUUAUACCGAAAGACGUUGCGCAAUAGUAAACAUCCAUUAUACGCAUUACGUGGCACAAUUAACGUGUGAACGUGUAAUUUUUUCGAAAUUGAAGCAGAGAUAACAACAAGGGAAAAAAAACGGAACGUCUAUCAAAAGGAUGUCGUGAGAACGCGUAGCGGGAAAUAAGAUAGAAUAGCGGAUUGAUGCAGCAACCUAGUUCGAUCGACUUAAAUAUUUCCACUUUGAGAUUGAGUUAUUGUUGAAAAAUCCUCUGCAAUCGAUUUGUGCGGGAUUCGAGCUGAUCGAUGAAAGAUCGUCAACAUUAGAAUGAAUAAGGGAUGGGUGAAAGCUAAUUUGAAGAUGCAAUUCUAACGAGCAUCUGCGAUGUACGCGCUAGAACACAAGACGGGAGAAAUAUCGAGGUGAGAGAACGAAACAUCGAGACUUCAUCGUCUUACGCGUUACGAUGCCUAAUCGGUCGAACAAGACUUUCAUCAAUGAUUAAUGAAACGGUAUGCGAUCAUCUGCGAUAUUCUUCGGAGAUAAACGUCAAUUUUUCGCACUUUCAGUUGUUUAACGGUGAACGAACAUGUUGCGAGCAUCGACUUCUGAUCGGUGACUUUCAAUCAUCGUGUGACUUGUUUUUAUUUUCACAGCAGUUUCAGCUGAACAGCGAAGAGAAGAGAAAAUGCAAUUAAUUACAAAGAAAAUACAAAGACGAAUUUUGACGUAGAUGAGAUCUGCAACUUUUUUUUCGAUCGAGGAAAGGCAAAGAUAUGAAAAAUAGCACGGAAUAAAUUAAUUCCGAAGACGUGCGCGAAUCGAAUCGAAUCGAUUGAAAAUCGUACUCGAUGCGCGACGAUCGCAAGCGGCAAUGGAGAUCGCGAUGAGAAAGAACUGAACGACUCCCGGAAGAGAAGAUUACGGCGGACGAAGACCUACGACGGGGCGCGAUGGAGAGGGGCAAAUACAACGCGCGGUUUCCUUCGAAACACGACCGGCGUCACGUUCAAGACGCCAAGCAUUCGUACAAGCAGCCGUGCUCUACGUCGGUUGAUACUGUUCCACCUUCUCGUAGUCCAGCCGGUUAGACAGUUGUCGAGUGCCGUCGAUCGGACUCGUCCCGCUGAUUCGCGCGACCGUUUUUCUGUGAUUGACGCGCGAGCGGAUCUGCAACUCUGUCAUUGCAUCGUGUCUUGUUCUCUCUUUUUUGUGUCUUCAUCGUAGUUGACAGAACGGUUCGAGCUUGCUAGUGGAAAACCUCGUCGUCGGAAUACGUAGCGCAGACCUAUUUUUCUGAGACGAAGUGCGCCGGUCUCUGUGAGCCUAAUACUAUUAAGUAGUUAACAGUAUCAAGGUGGAAAAAAGAGCUUCCAGUAGUAUAUUGCUCUUCGAACUAACAACACUUCUCGAUACGUCUUCUAUUCAUCAAGAAAUGACCGGAGGUGGGACCAACAUGGCGUAUCACGGCCUCAGUCAACACGUCAAUUUUGACGUGAUACCGGAUCCCGGGGAGCGUUUUCGACUGGAAGAAAUGAUCGGCGAGGGUACGUACGGCGAAGUGUACGCCGCUUACGACAAAGAGACCGGCAACAAGGUGGCCAUCAAGAUACUGGAAAACGUCGCUGAUAAUAUCGAGGAGAUUGAGGAGGAAUAUCUGGUGCUGAGAGAUCUGAGUCUGCAUCCGAAUAUUCCUAUUUUUCACGGUUUGUUUCUGAAGCGCGCCAAACCUGGUCAGGAGGAGGAUCAAUUGUGGUUCGUGAUGGAGUUGUGCACCGGAGGUUCCGUGACCGAUCUGGUUCAAGGUCUCAAAAAACGCGGCAGUCGCCUAACGGACGACCAAAUAGCUUACAUCUUAAAGGAGACCGUCGAAGCGCUGAUCUUUUUGCACAGUAAUCAUUGCAUGCAUCGUGACGUGAAAGGUCACAACAUUCUGCUCACUGAGGAAGCGCGCGUCAAAUUGGUCGAUUUUGGCGUGUCUUCGCAUCUGGCCGAGACGCUUGCCAGGAAAAACACAUCUGUCGGAACGCCAUAUUGGAUGGCACCAGAAGUGAUAGCUUGCGAGCAACAAUUGGACUCCUCGUACGAUUCGCGCUGCGACGUUUGGUCGAUCGGUAUCACCGCUAUCGAAUUAGCAGAGGGCGAUCCGCCCCUGUCGGAUCUGCAUCCUAUGCGGGCGCUCUUUCAAAUCCCGAGAAACCCUCCGCCGUCCCUGAAAAAUCCAGACAUACAUACGCCGGAGUUGUUGGACUUUAUAGCCGAAUGCCUGGUGAAGGAUCUCGAGCAUCGGCCGUUUGCAAGCGAAUUGAAGGAACAUCCACUGUUGAUGAACGUGGAGCCGAUCGUCGGGAAGAUCAGGGAUCAACUACGCCAAGAGAUUUGUAGGCAGAGAGCGGAGGGUCGUGUACACCGGCAACCGGAGAUAACGACGAAGCACGGCAAAUUGAAGACUGACCGCAAAACUAGACCGGAGAAGAUGUACAUGGACGAUCUGGCGGCUCUCGACAUGCUAUCGGAAGAGGCUAUUGUCGAUCAAUUGCAGCAUCGAUACGAGCAGGCGCAGAUAUACACGUACAUCGGAGAUAUAUUAGUUGCCGUUAAUCCCUUUACCAAUCUUGGUUUAUACACUGGUAUUGAACAAAAACGAUAUAAAGGUCAGGCGAGAUCGGACAAUCCUCCGCAUAUAUUCGCAGUUGCCGACGCGGCGUAUCAAGCGCUUCUUCAUCAACGUCAAAACCAAGCGAUAGUAAUUAGCGGUGAAUCGGGCGCCGGGAAAACGGAGAGCGCGAAUCUGCUUUUAAAACAGCUCGUGUAUCUGAGCAAAGCGCCGAAUCGCAAUCUCGAGGAGAGAAUACUUCAGAUAAAUCCUAUAAUGGAGGCUUUCGGCAACGCCACAACCGGUAUCAAUGCAAAUUCGUCCAGAUUCGGAAAAUAUCUGGACCUGACGAUGACGAAGGGCGGAAAAGUGACCGGCGCGCGAAUCUCGGUAUACCUGUUGGAACAGUCUCGAGUGAUAGCUCAGGCUGAAGGUGAGCGGAACUUCCACAUCUUCUAUUACAUGUACGACGGCUUGGAAGCGGACAAUCGUCUCUCGGAAUUUUAUCUCGAUCCCGAGCUUCGAAGAUGUCAUCGAUAUCUCACGCAUUACAGUCACACGUCGCAGACGCACAUCGACAAGUUCCAGCAGCUCAAGAUGGGGUUCAAGGUGCUCGGAUUUCAAGACAGCGAGGUAGACACGGUGUAUCGAGUUUUAGCCGCUAUACUCCAUCUGGGCGACAUUGAAUUUGCCGAAGUGGCUACGGAAGACAACACCGACAAUAAGAGCAGAUUAGUCGACACUAUUCCGUUGCAUAGAGUCUCGAAACUACUCGGCGUCGAGCAAAACGAUCUCUUGGAAGCUCUGACAUCAAACUCGGUAAUGACCAGAGGCGAGACAAUUACUCGAAACAAUACGGUGGCCGAGGCCCGUGCGGCUCGCGACGCUAUGGCCAAGGGUCUCUACGGCCGGCUGUUCGAUUGGAUGGUCAACCAGAUCAAUUGUUUGCUGUGUUUCAAUCGCUCGCCAAAUUAUGAGCCGCUGGCGAUCGGACUGCUCGACAUCUUCGGCUUCGAGAACUUUCCCAGAAACUCGUUCGAGCAACUCUGCAUCAACAUAGCCAACGAGCAGAUACAGUACUACUUCAACCAGCACAUCUUCACGUGGGAGCAACAGGAGUACAUGGCCGAGGGAAUACCGGUGGACCUCGUCGAGUUUUCCGACAACAGGCCGGUUCUCGACAUGCUGCUCAGCAAGCCCAUGGGACUGCUCGCGCUUCUCGACGAGGAGAGUCGAUUUCCCAGAGCGACCAAUCGAUCCCUGAUUGAAAAGUUCCACAACAACAUCAAAUCAAAGUUCUACGUACGGCCGAAAUCGGACGCGGUCUGUUUCGCGAUUCAUCAUUUCGCCGGUCGCGUUGUCUAUCAAGCCGAGGGAUUCCUCGAGAAAAACAGGAACUUCCUACCGCCCGAAGUCAUUCAACUGGUACGACAAUCGCAGUACGACAUGGUUCGUUUCCUGUUCCAAUGUCCGAUCACGAAAACCGGUAAUCUGUACUCGGCGCUACAGGAGAACGAUUCGAGAAGAUUACAAUCGAAUCAAGACACAAAGGAACGUUAUUCUAGUCGAGGCUUGGCAUCGCAAUCCAGAGCUCAACAGACAGUCGCGACGUACUUCCGUUAUUCCCUGAUGGAUCUGUUGCAAAAAAUGGUGUCUGGUUCGCCUCAGUUCGUUCGGUGCAUAAAACCAAACGAUUCGAGGAGUCCGCGAUUCUUCGACAAAGAGAAGGUUAUCAAGCAAUUGAGAUAUACCGGUGUUCUCGAAACGAUACGUAUAAGACAAAACGGAUUUUCCCAUAGAAUACCAUUCAACGAAUUUCUCAAAAGAUAUUGCUUCCUUGCUUUCGGGUACGACGAGCGCGUGGUUGCCACUCGAGACAACUGUCGGCUUCUCUUGGUACGUUUAAAGAUGGACGGAUGGGCAUUAGGCAAGACGAAGGUCUUCCUCAAGUACUACCACGUAGAAUUCCUCUCGAAAUUGUACGAGGACCAGUUGAAAAAGAUCGUUAUGGUUCAAGCGUGCGUUCGACGAUGGCUCGCGAAGAUGCGAUUCAGAAAACAAAAAUGGCAGUUCGCGGUAUCCGUGGUCACAUUGCAGCGCCAUAUCCGAGGAUGGUUAGCUCGGAAAAAUACGGAAACGAUGUUGGCCCAAAAACGCGCGCAAGAAAAAACUACGACGACCGAUUUGCCACUACCGCAAGAAACGACUCGCAAGUUACAGGAACACGCGGAUGUAAAUAAUCGCGAAAAACAGCGUCGACCGCGUAAAAACUUGGAAAAGAAUGUCGCCGCGACCGUCAUACAAAGUCACUUCCGAGGUUACACCAUUCGCAAACGAUUCGGAUACGAACUGGAGGAGCGUUUCAAGAGAAUUCUGAACAAUUACGACAACAUACACGACGGUCUCAAGGCAUUGUUACGCGAGGGACUGAAGCACGAGGACGCGGCCUUUAUCGUUCAAAGAUGGUAUAAAAAAGAGGAAAAAGCAGUCCGCAAGAAACCGCCUCCGAGAGAUCCUGUACAUCCCAAAUUGCGGCAAGCGGAUCUAAUCCAGUUUUCUCAAAAUGUUCACAUGAAGAACCAGGAAGUGCACAAGAUUCUGCGUCGUAAUAAGCCCGGAAUAAGACUGAACGAUAUCGAGGAUCCGCCACCCGAUUACGUUCGUCCGGAAGGAUUCAACAUGGUGCAGCCGGUGCUGCAGUAUCGCAGCGGCAAGCAACUGGAAGAGGACGACAGCGUCAAGUAUUACCGGGAUCUCAAGGAAGAGAUGAGCAGUGGUUCGGAAUUCGAAGAAGACGAAGUUGGCUGGGACUCACCGUUGACACGGCGAGAAAAUGACCUUCAUCCAUCAUCGUCGAGGAAUCGGAGCGGUCACAUUCUGGAAGUGAGUGCCGAGAGGAGGGAUCGUGUGGCCCACAGCGAUUUUACCGUAGCGCCGGAACAACAUUUGUCAGACAUUUGGCACAAGGCUCUGAAACAACCGUCCGACUCGCAACAAAACGAAGACUCGAAGAAAAAUAUGAGUACAAGGAUUAAUGACGUGUAUAGCAACGACCUGCAAUCACGCGCCGCAGUACAACGUGCCACCGGUACUCCGCAUAUCCACGAUCCAUCUGGCUUACGAUUCGCAAUCGACGAUCGACACAACGUCGUAAACGAACGGCAGAGCGCCGUUAAUGGGCAGAAUCUCGUUAACGGUCAUCAGAAUUCCGUCAAUGAGCACUCGGUCAAUGGUUACAGCAACCAUCAAAUCUUCUACAACGUAAAUAAUGACGUAGCAAAGAAUCAAAUGAAGAUUGUGAACACCGAUCAGUCCGAAUUAACUAACGGUUCGACGCAUAACAAACCCGAAAGAUUGUCGGAUCGAUCGAAUUAUAAACACAAUGAUUACCGAAUGAAGAAUUGUCAAAAUAACGUGAACCACAAAAACGGUAUCAAUCGAUUAGCAAACGGAAAAUCGCCGGAUCAGGAAGAACUCCGAAAGGACACGUACAAUAUAGCGGCUAACCUCAGGCAGCUUCUAAGGCCGACAGUGAUCGAAAAGCGUCAGGAGAACGCCAAGGUCGAGCGCGACGCGGAGGAUAUUAACGGUCCUUACAAUUUCAGGCAGCUGCUAAGACCGACCGGAUAUCUCCCGACGGAGUCCCUGAGGAAGAGAAAAGGCGGAAUCGUUUCUAACGGAGUGCCACUGCCAAAGGACAAAGUUCCAGAGAAACACGUUAAGAGAAGAGCGCCGUUGGCACCGACCCAAAGCAAACUAGCCAAUGGAAAAAAGUGAUGUGUCACAUACUUAGUAUUAUUCGGUAGAAAUAUUUCCUCAAUAUUUUUUUGACCUCACAAAAAGAAUGAGAUUUUACUUCGAUACGUAAUGUUCAUAACGUGGGUUAUUGUUGUAAAGUAUUGACAAGUUAUUUGUUAAUUUGUUUUGCAAUAUGUCACUGAGAAAAAAGAUUACGAUGCCAGAUAAAAAAAUAUAUAUAUUUAAUAUAUUAUUAUUUAAUAUAUUUAAUUCGCAGUCAAUUGUUACUUGAAGUUGCUUUUACUUCAAGCCUAUCAGAAUUAAUUAAUAGAGUGUGAUAUUUCUUUAAAUUUGGAUUAACAAAUAUUUGGUUGAUAAUUUUCGAUCGCCACGUGUAACUGGAUUAAAUAACAUUUUCUUGAUCUUUUUUCUCGGUGCAUAUAUGUAAGAUAAAUUUUCUAUUAUUACAUGGCCAUUAACUGAAAAAGAAAUAAUUGUUGAGAGUUUUAUGCUGUUAUAUAAAUAAUUGUUUACAAAUGUGAUACAGUAUAUAUGCGUAAUGCAGAUAAAAUCGUAUUUUCAGAUUUUACAUGUUACAGAAUGAAAUAUUUCGGCGAUGGGAGAUUGAUUUCAUCAAAAAUAUUGACUCUUCGUUCUGCAUUAUAUCCUUAUAUGAAAUAAUCACCACAGUUUUAUCGUGUUACAUCGCCGCGCGCACGCGCGCGUCAACUUUUACCCUGUUAUUUAUUAUAAAAAUACGCGAAAGUAGAGCGCGUCUAGAACUAGUCAUGAUUAGCUUUAUUAAAAUCAUAAGCGUCUAUAUCCUUAAAAACAAAUAAAUUAAAAAAAUUGAUGAAAACCUAUUUUAUUAGUAAACACUUUCGCGUUUGUGGAAUAUGUAAUUCGUUACAAUUGUGAACUUCAGUGGAAUGUCAAGUUCACAUUAGUUGUUCUGUUUGAUAAUAAAGAAAUCGAUUUUUGAAAUAAUCUACUUAUACCCAAAGUA